AUGGGAUUUUGGAAUAGUUCUUCCUCACUGUCCAAAGAGACAAAUAUACCAGCUCAGUCAGAGCAGGCACCUUCUGCGCAAGCUCAAAGGAUAAAAGCAGAUAUUCAAAAUCAGAUUAGUCAGGAGCUUGCCGCUGCAAACGCUUCAGAAUUGGUGAGGACUAUAACGGAAAAUUGUUUUGCAAAAUGCAUAGAGGCUCCCAAAAGUUUUCUUGACGCUGAACAUAGGUUCAACCCAUAUUCAGACAAUGGUGGAACUGUUUUGGGAAUUGCCGGCGAAGACUUUGCCGUGUUGGCCGGAGAUACAAGGCAAGUAGAGGGAUACUCGAUACAAUCGCGAUAUGAGCCAAGAGUGCAUAAUGUUGGAGAUAAUAUAUUAAUGACAGCUAAUGGUUUUGCUGCUGAUGGAGUUGCAUUGGUCGACAAGUUCAGGCAGUCGUUUACGUGGUACAAGUUUGAUAAUGAAAACAGGAAAUUAGAAAUCAAGAGUGCUGCAAGGUAUAUCCAGCAUCUCUUGUAUGGUAAGAGAUUUUUCCCGUACUACGUGAGUACUUUGAUCGCAGGUCUUGACGAGGAAGGCAAAGGUGCGAUUUAUUCUUACGAUCCUGUUGGAAGCUAUGAAAGGGAGCAAUGUAGAGCAGGAGGCGCGGCAGCAAGUUUGAUUAUGCCCUUUUUAGACAAUCAAGUCAAUUUCAAAAACCAAUAUGUGCCCGAGAGUGAUGGCAAGGAAAAGAAGCCCUUGAAGUAUUUGUCAUUAGAGGAAGUAAUACACUUGGUUAGGGAUGCGUUUACUUCCGCUGGGGAAAGACACAUAUACGUAGGUGAUGCUCUUGAAAUCAUGGUUGUUACCAAGGACGGAGUCAGAACAGAGUAUUAUCCUUUGAAAAGAGACUGA